AGGGCAACGUGCAAGCUGUCACAGCUUGGGAGGUUAAAUCCCCAAGGCCGAAGCUUUCAUCCUUUGAAGUGACCAGAAACAGUGUCAGAAAAUUUCCACGUGUCCUAGCAUCGAGAGGUAUGCCGUGUCAUGCUGCAAUGGAAGUCAGAGGAGGCAGCACAACAGCCACUAAUGGAGUGUUUCUGAACAAAUCUUGAUUAAGUGAAACAAGGGCAGCCCUAAAGGACACCUUUUAAGACAGACUAAGAUACUUGAUCUCUCCCCAAAAAGCUGAAGGUAUUUUCAUCAGAUAUCACCUUCAGUUAAUGAGACGAGUUUGGAGUUCUGGCAAUCUUUGAUCCCACUAGUUCUCCAAUCCUCACUUUGAAUUACCCAACAAUGGAGCAGCCAUAUCAUCUUCAGAUCCUCGGUGUGUAAUUGAGAAAGAAGGCAGAACAGAAAUAGUCCUUUCCAAGGAAAAGAAUAUGGGCCACCAAAACCACAUCAAAAGCUACUUUCUGUGAGCAGCCUGGAUGAAUAAUGAUGACAAUGGAAGAGAUUCAAACACACCACCCACCCUAAACAAAUCCAGUUCAGAACUAGACUAUGAGGAUGAAGAAGAUGAACGACAGGAGAAAUAUCCAGAUACCUGCAGCCUCUUCUCUGAUGACUCCGUCUUCCCAGACUAUGAAGAUGCUCUAUCUGACAGUGAGGACCACCAAGAGGUCACAUUGUACUGGUGCUGUGCCAAGAACAAUGCAAAGCGAUUGCAGGAUAAACUUGACAUGGGGGUGACCAGGGAAGAAGCCAUGGAGUUGGACAUCAACGGACAGAAUGGCCUCUUGGUAGCAUGUUUCCGGGGUUUCAAAGAUAUUGUCAUUCUUCUCAGUAAAUGCUCCUACAUAGAUGUCAACCACCAGGAUAACGAUGGAAACACAGCACUUAUGGUGGCAGCCCAAGCAGGAUACGUAACUAUUUUGAACUAUCUUCUGAAUUAUUACCCAGGAGUAGACAUUGAGAUGCAGGAUGACAGAGGCCUGACUGCACUUAUGAAGGCUGCAAUAAGAGGGAAGAACGACUGUAUUGCAGCCUUGAUCAUGGCAGGAGCUGAUAUUGCCGCUGUGGACCCCGUGAAAGGAAAGACUGCACAGGAAUGGGCAGCCAUAACUGGAUCCUUUGAAACUAUCAUGCGGAUCAGAAUCCUUUUGCAACGCCCCUGUGCCCAGCAAUUCUCUAACAAGUACUUGCCAGAGUGGCCUCAUCUGCCUGAACUGGUGGCCCAAGCGACGGCUACAAAAUCAAGAGCCAAGCGUCUGUAUGAUCUCAUUUGCUCCAUGUUUACCAUCCAUUUCCCACGAGAUGCUGAGAUGGAUGGGGUAAUGGAUCACAUGGUGCGCAUGACCACGUCCUUGGCCAGCCCAUUUGUGACCACUGCUUGUCAAACUCUCUGUCCUGACAGCCCCCCAGAAGUAGGCAAGCAGAGACACUCAGUGCCAGAAAUUCUCAAUCGAUAUGUACCUGAUCCUGAUGCCAAGUCAGUAAAUAGCAGAUCGUGCAGCAAUGGCCAGUUCAGGACCCAAACCCUGAUACCCUAUCAAUCCCCUAGUCCCAUUGUGAAGUUUCUAUCCCUUCCUAAGCGAUUCAACAGCACAACUCCAAAAAUUAAGCUCACCAAGUCUUCUUCCCAGUCGGCUCCUGAGGAGAACCAACCACCCAAGAUGAAAAACAAGAAUGCCCUGCAGGUGCCUAAGUGGCGAUAUAAGCAGCUUAAAGAAGAGAAGAAAAGCGAGGAAGCAGCAGCGCUCAAGAAGAAGCCAGACAAGGCUAAGGGAAAAGACGAAUAGUUGUAACGUUUGGGGAAGCCAAGAAGAAAACGAUACUCCAAAGACAAAGUAAAACUCUGCCUCGGGGUGAUUCAGAAAAUGUCACCACCUUUAUGGAUACUUUCUCAAUUCUUGGUCAGGCUAAGGAAUUAAUGCUAGAGAAAGUUACUUGCCAAUAUUGGUAGUAGACUCUAAUCCCCAGGAUAGAAAGUUUUGGUAUGACAGAAAAAAAGAGUGUACAUUUAAUGUCUCCCUUGCAUGGAAUUUCCCAACUCCAAUCCCAUCCGUCCUCAAAUGUACCUUAAGAAUAUGCCUAGCAUUUUUUCCUCCCAAUCUUUGGUGGAAAAGCUGUGGAAGAAAAGCAGAUAGAGGAGAAUUAGAACUUGAAAAUGGGCGGGAUUGGGAAGGAACACCCCCUUGCUCUCUUUUCAAUUUAUACUUUUUUCCUUCCCAAGAAAGUUACAUUUAAUAUGCAUAUAUGCUUAUAAUGCAGAUUAUUUUCCCAAGAGCAUCGCCUUGCUAGUGAUCCCAGCCCUUAGACAGGGAAAGGGAGAGAUGCUGGGUUUUCCAGAUAAUAUCCUAAAUUAAGUCAGGCAGAAUCCCCGAGCAACCAUUGUGCAACUCCCUAGCAGCUCCAGAAUGUAUUACUGAAAAGAAGUAACAAAAUAGCUAAUUUUCAGCAGUGCAUUUCUUUCUUUUUUCCUCUUUCCCUCUUUCAUUGUUUCUUUUCUUCUCUUUCUUUUAAAGAUGAGAAGUAGAGUCAAAUGCUUUAUUUUCUUUUUUUAACACACAUACA